UUCACGAACGAAACACAAUUACAGCGCAUGCGUAGCAGUGUAGCUGUCACUACUAUGACUUUAGUUAAAUGUCACGUAGCAUUUAAAUCGAUUUUUAAACAAAACAGUUACACGGCUUCAAUGCAUUAAUCUUUGGGAUUGAAAUUAAUUAGUUACCGGAAUAGCACGCAAUCCGUAGCAGAUACUAGUGUCGCUCGUCUCCUUUUGGCUCUGCAGAGACAUGUUUACAUCCCAGACCUCUUCCUUCCAGGAGUCCAUAGACGUGGAUGAAAGAGAUGUAGACUUCGACAACGAGGAGAUCGCCGGAUACAGCCAGAAAAUACAACAGAUUAACAGCUACUAUGCCAUAUACUACUACCAGAACACAAGAUCUGAGGCUUCUGGAGACAGUGUGGCCUGGAGCCAGAGGAGAUCAGACUCAACCACAAGUCAGGAAGACUUUAGUCUCACGCUGCUGGAUGCCAGCUUGCCACCUGAGGCCGAGCCAGAGCUACGAAGCUACAUCUCCCGCAGACUGAGCAAGGGCGCUUUGCUCGGGGGCAUGGGUAACAUUGCCACUGUGGAGCUAAGCAUCCCUGAGCAAGCGGUGGGCUGUUACUGCUGUCUGCUGGAGCAGGAGAAAUCUCCAGAACAGCCUGAGGCCGAUGGCAACGGCUGGGUGGUGUGUCUCCUCGGAGGAUCAGAGAAGGGCCUGAAUCUGUUUAGAAUUGAGCUGGACAAGUACGUCCAGGGUCUGCAGGGCUGUUUGACUCCAGAGAUGCAGAAUUUGGAGACAGAAGUCAGGCCCCACCUGAUCCGCUGGUAUGAGGAGUCAGUUAUGCACAUUCACAGAGUGGUUCUGCUGUUGCAGGCGAACGUCGGGUACCUUCUGCAUGCUGCUUUGAGUCACAAGCUUGUCGAGGUCACAGGGGCGGAUGAGAAGACAAAAGCAGAUGUAGCGAGAUUUAUCAAAGCAGCAAGCCUGCAGGGUCUAGUUCAGGAGGACACCACUACAGCCUCCCUCUGUAAGGCCAUUUCAGAGGACUGUCACACCAGUCUGAUCAUCGACUGCUCCACCGGCCCACCUACACUCACCAAUGGAGUCAGUAACCGGUUCUGCGAUGACUGGAUCCAGGCCUUCCUCAAUGCUGCUGAGCGCUUUAACCCUUUCCUUCUCCGCCAGAUCCUGGAGAACUUUAAACUUAAGGCCAUUCAGGACAUGAACAACCUGAAGCGCUUCAUCCGUCAGGCAGAAAUGAGCCACUACGCUCUGUUCCGCUGCUGUCUGUUCCUGCAGAGCUGUGGAAACGGGGACGUGCUGCUGCAGAACGCGCGGGCCGAGCACAGCAGCCUUCCUGAGGCCUGUGGCAUCAUAAACGUGCUGGAGGAGUUCCUCGGGGAGCACGCUCAGGGCGCGCUGUACUGACACCACAGUGUUAAUAUACGUACACUUACCUGUCUGUGAGCACCUUGGAAGCGGCUGCGCAGAAUUCCUAUUUAACACCCAUAAUCAUACCAGUGUGGUUUGCAUUUUAAGCAACUUCAACAAACUUGAAUUGAAACACUAAGUAUAGUCCUUCUUUGUGUGUGUAGAGGUUCAACAGCAAGGGUUGAAAAAGAUUAUGCUAUGAUGUGCUGCUGUAUGUUGAUUUGGGUGCAUAAAAAUUAUAAACUAAAUAGAUCCUAUAAAAUGGACCAAUGAAAAAUACAUGUGAUCAAACUUUAUUUAAAUAAUUUUUCUCAAUAAUGUGUAUACAUUAACACAGUACUGUUUAUAUGUGACAACUGAUUCUAGGAUUUAGUCUCUAUUGUGCAGCAGUCAUUGUUUUGAAGACGUGUGAUUAUUAAAACAGUCCUGUAGAUUUACAGAAAUAGCAAACCGAAUUAGGAAGCUAGUCACAUAAUCAUGAAGCUCUGCAUAAGCAAAUAUUGUAUUAACACUCCACUAUGAUCUACCAUACUGUGACUUGCAUUGUCUGUUUUAUCGUUAUUUUUUAGUUUAGUUUUUAUUUUGUGAUAAAGUGCUUAAUUUGAUAAUCUAUUCUUUUUCACUUUAUAAUUCUCUUGAUUUAUGUUCUUGUUUGCCAUUUUAGAUUUUUUCUUACCAAAGACAAACAAAACUUCUGAUAAUCAAAGUUGGUUGUAAAUGUAAUGUUUAAAAAUAACAGAAUUGUGAGAAACAUAUUCCUUAAACAUCAUGUAUAUAAUGACCCAGCUGUAAAUGGCGAUAAUGUGUAUAAUUAUCAUAAUGUAUGGUUUAUCUUCUUGCUCAGAUUUGACAUGACUGUGCUGAGUAAUUUUUUUCCAGGAACAUUUCAUUUGUGUGAACUUGUAAGAAUUAAAGAAAUGUUCAACUCUG